GGCCUGCAAUAUGACUGUAUCUUUCGCUGCUACCCUGUAAAAUUACGAAUCGCCCGACUUUAACCGUAAAAUGUACAAAUCAACAAGAUCAGCGCUGUAUUCGUCUUACACAGGUAGACUCUGACUCGAAUUCUGUAAAAAUGGAAGAUUUGUCAAGGGAUGCCGAGCUUGAAAACUACUUAGACGCUUUAAACGAUUUCGUGAAAAAGCCGUCGAAAAGUAUCCCGUCCGUGCUGGAACAGUUGAUUCAAAGGAUAGCCCGCCACGGUGAACCAUUGUUUCCAUGGUUCAAGUUGAAGCCAUUGAUUGUGAUGAAGCUAGAGAAUGUGAUAGAGGAAUACAUAGAGUAUAAUCCACAUGAGGAGGUCCCUAUACUACCAAACGUUGAAAAUGUACGUUUUGAUGACAUGAGAGAGCGUCUUCUGAAGGCUCUUGAGUCUUUCAAUAGUGCACCAUUCACAAUACAGAGGCUUUGUGAACUGUUAACAGAACCUAAGAGAUACUACAGACGGAGUGACAAAUUCAUGCGAGGCAUUGAAAAGAAUGUUCAAGUGGUCAGUACGAUAACACCAUCAGGGAAGCGCAUUACAUCCCUGUUUGACCUGCAGAAGAGCCCACCAAUGAUGAAUGGCAUAGUGCCUGACCCUGAGGCUUCACCUAAUAGUGACAACAAUGGAUUCAUACGACCAGUCCCUGAUGCAUUUACCAGCAGCCCCAGUAGCAGUAGUAGUAGUAGUAGGGUGGAUGCCAUGAAUGGUGUCAAUCGUCCCUACUUCAACAGCGACACCAUGGACGCACCUCUCCAGUUUGCAUACCCCCUUGGUCAAAGUAUGACCUCUAUGCCAAGCUCAGAUUCAGGUGUGAGGACUGACCUCAAUAGACUCAAUGGCACACAUAGUGAACCUCACGAGGCUGAAGCUAAAGAGACCUCUGAAGCAAUGCCUGGUGUCUCGCAAGACUCUGCAGAGUCUGAUAGCACAAGAAUCUGUGAAGAAAGAACGUUAGGGGAUGAUAACAUAGAUAAUGACACAGCCAGCGUAGUAUCCUCAAGUGAUGCAGAAAGCUUUGUGGGGGAGGGUCAUAAAGACGAAGGAGAUGAUGAAAUGGAGGUUGAUGUUGCUUCUUCAGGUGAUGCAGGAUGUGUACGAGAUGGAGAAACAGAAGGAGUUCCAACUCUUCAAUCUGAGCAGGGAAAAGAUGGAAAUGGAGAUGUCUCAACAAGUGAAUCUCGACAGGCUUCAGGAGAGUUACCCAAAGAUGUUGAGGAAGCUGGAAAAGCAGACAGCAGUGAAGGUACUUCAGCAAGCACACCCAUGGAGUAUGGGGAAGAACUCUCCAGUAACUCUGAGGCUGCAUCAAGUGAAAACCAGAGUAACCAAGAGUCAGAAGAUAGGUCAGAUGUAAGGGACACUAAUACCUCAUUAGCCAGUCCAGAACAGGGUCAACCUGAAGCAGACAUAGGUGCAGCAGGUGAUGCAGGACCAGGGGAUUCUCUGCCUGGUGAUGCAGGACCAGCUGACUCAAGCAAUGAUGCAAAAAGCACUCCUCUAGAAACUGCCUCGGAGAAUGCAAGUGGAUCAUCAGAAGCUGACUCCAAGGCAAGUUCACCUGAAACUCCUGCAUCUUUAGAAACUUUACCUACUUCUGAUCCAGUAGAAGCAGUGGAAUCUUCUGCAGAUGCUGCCUCUUUGACCCCAUCAAACGAACCUUCAACUGACGAUGUCACAGAUUCUACUCCUACAGACUCUACAUCUUCAUCAGACAAUCAGAGUAGAGGAUCUCCUGUUGCCAGUGGCGAUGGUGAUGCUGCUAGUAGUGGAGAUGUAGCAAAUAGUGAAGUGUGUGAAGAGCAACCCCAAAGUGCAGAAAGCGAGUCAACACAAAGUUGAUGAAAUCAUUUAAUUUUACCUCACUUUUAUUUGAGAUUAUGACGUAGAACAGAAUUCGUAUGACUUGACUGAGACCAAGGUUUACGCGUCGUUAAGGGGUUUUUUUGUCUGAUGAUAAGCAUAAAAAGCCCUUUACUGCAGAAAAAAUUCCAUGCUGUUGAGGAAAUUGUAAAUGCAAUAUCAGCAGUUAUUGAAUAACAAAUUUGUGAAUUUUAAAUUAUUUGGAGCCAUUAUAUGUAUUAUGUAGUUACAUCUCUACUGAAUUAUUUCUUUAGUUUGAAUUUUGUUUGUAACUAUAAUUCAAAUGUGUACAAUUACCUGUCAUUGAUGCAAAUUUAUGAAUUCCAAAAGUCCCUAAAUGUUUUGUUGACUUGCCAACAUGUAACCUUUUUAGUAAAUAUGUUUUUGUACUCAUGGAUAAAAGUGAUAACAGUCAUCAUAUUUUCCUUCAACGACAGUAUCAAGAAAACAAAAUAAAGGGGAAACCGUCCAUCUUUAUUGAUAUAUAGACUUCUUAUUACUCACGUAUUGUUAUUAGUUCUUUUUUGUCUCAUAUUUUGUUAAGUUGACAAUCUCAUGAACAUGUGUACAGUGUCUCUAAAUAUAAAUUGAAAAAGCUUUCUUUCAGAUUUUAUGAUAAAACAAAUUGUUUAACAUUUUUUUUUGACACUGAAGCAAAGUGAAUUUUUAAUUAGGGAGUUUUAAGUGUGCACAUCGACAAAGUGGACUCUUGCGUAAUAAUUAAUCUCGAGGCAAUGCUCUCUCCCUUAUCUACUGUCAGAUUCUGGAACAUGAAAGCUGUCAUUUUACACUGUCCCAAAUCUAGAACUACUUGCUUCCUCUGGUUGUCACAAGCUGCUUCCUUGUGGCAUAUGCUUCGGAUAUAAUUUAAAAUGUUAUCUGUCGACGACAGACUCACAUUGAUAGACAUGGCUGGGACUGGGAAGCUGAUCUUUUCCAUGUAAGCAUUAACUUCAUAUUAUUUAUUUGACCUCAAGAUCAUUUGAAUAUUCUGACUUGAGAGUUGUUUUUUCAUCAUUCACAGAAUACAGAUUUGAUCCAUGUAAUGAUUCUCAACAAGAUAUCAUAAAACUAGUGUGUUAAAAAAAUGUCAUCCGAAGUAGUUUCAUAAAUGCUCUAUUAAAAAUGAUAUUCAAGCUUGACUUACAUUGUGGAAUUUACAGUUAGACAAAAGUGCAUAGUCUUUAUCUUUAAAGUUGAUAUGACUAAACACAGGAAAUAUGAAUGUCUCUCCCAAAGGGAUCUUAAAAUUUGACAUGUAUGGUUCUAGAUAAAGUAAUCUAAGGUUGUGUAUUGAGAUAUUUUACAUACAUAGCUACAUAAUUCUAUGGGUGAAUUGAUGAAGAGGUAUGGAGAAUUUUCGUUGUGCCAUCAUAAUUAAUUGAAGUCCAGUUCCAUUCCUCUGGUGAUCAUCAAGCUUGUAAUUUCCUCAUCUUUUUGUUAUGUUAUUCCAUGUACAUGAAUGUAGUUUUUCUUUUAUGUAGUCUAUGAAUUUGUUUUCUGUUUUCUUUGUUGUGUGCAUGUAUCUUUUCUAUACAUGUUUAGCUGUGUGUAGUGUUCCAUUGUUUAUGCCAUAACUUUGUAUUUUGUUUAUCAUGUAAUGAAUUUAAAUUGAGCUCCCUUAACUAAACCACUUCACAUUAAGUAUCGAAUACAAAAAAGCUACUGGGUUCCAAAAGAAACUUAUCAAAUUUUUAAGGGCACUGCACAAAUUCCACUCAGUCAAAAUCAACAAUAUUUUGACACAUGCUAGUUUCAAUAAUCUUUACUAUUAAAUCACAUGUCAAUAAUUGAGAGGUUGAUUCAAUCACAGAGAGGCUACAGCUCCUCACAUCAAUUGGCUUCUGAAUCCAAAGUCACAAAAUUGCAAAAGAAAGACGAGUGAAAAUGAGAUGAGAUAAAACAAACUUCCAAGUUUAUAAAACAUGCCCUUCAUGGGCAUGUUUUAGUGAUUUGCUCAAUUUUAAAGAAGCUACAGGAAAUUAACAUCAAAAUUUUGAAUGUUUGGAACAAUCACACAGCCACACACAAACCUGCUGGUGAAGUCACGUUAAGCAGGGGAUAAUCAGAACACGGUGUGUGUCUGUAUUUCUUUCAGCCACACACAGAUAAACACCAUCUUCAGAUUAUCCCCCUCUUACCGGGACAUCAAUACUUUAUAUCAUUUCAUAUUGAAACGCAUGUCUGUCUAUUGCAAAUUUUCCAAAUAGAUGUAUGGCCAUGUCAUGAAAUGAGUUCCAGAAAAUACUUGCUUGCAUAGCAAAAGUUUUUUUUAGGAAGUCCUGAGACACUCAUAAUCCUGACACAAUUGUUAGAAUUGGUUUAAUUCAUUUUAAAGUGAAGAUUUUAUGAUGAAAUUUUCAGCAUUUGGCUCUGUGAAUUUUACUCUUUUUAUUUAGAUAUAAAUAUUUUCAUCCCGGAGUACUCCUUUGAAUUGCUGGUUGCAAUGCUGAUAUUUUCAUGCAUGACCAUUUUUAUACAAGUAUUUGUGUACAUCAAGAUAACUGCCAAUGUCAUAGCAAGUUUUGUACUUGUACAAAAUAACACAGAAUCUGAAAAUUGCUGUACAUGUACAGUGAAUAUUAGUAUACAGCAAAUAUAACAAUGAUUUUUAAUUAAUAUUUUAGUAUAUUAACAUGUAGGUACUCCAAGCAAUUUUUUCCCACUCUACUAUAUAAAGUAAACACUAGUAUGGGGCCUAUUCGACAUUCAUUUUUAAUUCAAACUCUGAUCUAAGUUCUGGUUUAACUACAGAUACCAAAUUUUCACACUCAUUCCUACAGUACAUGUUCAAUCUAUCAGCUCAUUGACCCUCAAAUAAUUUAUAGCUGUCUUGGAAAAAUAAAACAUUUUUCUUCACCAUAAAGCAUUGAUAUUUGAGUACAGUGAACAUAUGAAGCAUACAUUGUAAACAAAAUGUCAAAAUCUUUGGCUUUGGCUUGCCAUCAUUUUAGCGCAGAGUAAAACCAUGGCCUAAGUUAAAUUGGACUUCAGAAUAUGGGCCUUUCUUGUUGUAAAGAGCUGAAAGGACUAAUAUUUUAUAUAUAAUACAUAUAUCGGCUAGCCUAUUAUUCUAUUAUUGCCUCUCCAUAUGAAUAUUACCUGUAUGUGAAUUGAGAAAAGCUAAUUACACAAACACCAAUCAUUAGCCUUCCAGCUAAUGUAGGAAGUGCCAUUUGAUAAAAUUCUAUGAAAUCUUUGCUUUCUCUGCUAUGGUACUGAUUACCUAAAUGUCCAGAAGUUUUCUUUUCACAUUCACAGAAAAAAGAAUAGUUAAUGAUAUUGAUAUGUCAUGCAAAAUGGCAAUUAGAUGUGAUCAGUGACUUCAUGACCUAUGAUUUCCCUUGCAGUUGCAUAUGCCUUACUGGCUUUAUUGAUUGUGAAGAAUUGCUGGUGAAUGACAAAAGAUGCCUUUAGAAUGUCAAACUUUAUGACAAAGCAGAUUGAAUAGUAUUAUAUAGAUUUGAAAGGUUGUGCGUAAUCUAAUAAUCCUUUCUGAACCAGUAAAGAGGAUAUUCAACGUUCUCUGUGCCAGACACUAAAGAAGAUGCAUGCAUACCCUGCUCCUUAUACUUCUGUGCUUAUUAUCUCUACCCUUUUUGAAUGAGCUACAAUUGAGGCCAAAAGUUUACAUACACCCACGGAAUUCAGUGAAGUUUUUUUCACUUACCAAACAUUGUAAAACUUACUAUAUCUUCAGAAAUAUAAAUACUACCAUGGCGAAUUUGGUAUCAAUUGAAAAAGUGCAUUAUUCUCUUUCACUUGAUUUGAAUGCCAUUAGGAUUAAAGUAUAUUUCAGGUGGAAUUUUCUUUGAAGAAAAAAAGUAAUAUUUGUGCCUAUUGUAUUCUAUUGUAAAACUUACUAUAUCUUCAGAAAUAUAAAUACUACCAUGGCGAAUUUGGUAUCAAAUGAAAAAGUGCAUUAUUCUCUUUCACUUGAUUGGGAUGCCAUUAGGAUUAAAGUAUAUUUCAGGUGGAAUUUUCUUUGAAGAAAAAAAGUAAUAUUUGUGCCUAUUGUAUUCUAUUGUAAAACUUACUAUAUCUUCAGAAAUAUAAAUACUACCAUGGCGAAUUUGGUAUCAAAUGAAAAAGUGCAUUAUUCUCUUUCACUUUAUUGGGAUGCCAUUAGGAUUAAAGUAUAUUUCAGGUGGAAUUUUCUUUGAAGAAAAAAAGUAAUAUUUGUGCCUAUUGUAUUCUAUUGUUUAUUAUAUU